GAGAUGGCCUACGGCGCAUGGCUCUCUUUGAAUAAUAAUUUAAUGGUAUUUUCCUUUAAGCGGAUAUAUUAGCAGGUUAAAUACAUACAUACGGCAAUAUUUAUCUGAAUGAAAGUAAAUACAGUCUGAUGGCAACAUUAAUGCUUUUUUGGAAAGCCCCACUAGAGGGCAAGAUUCGUGUUUUGAGCUAUGCGAGGUCUGCGCGAACAACAACACGAGGGAACAUUUGCUGCUCGCUGUGCUUGACAGUUUUACACGUAGUGCACACUUCUGUAGAUGCACUGUAAACCUGUCACUGUCCAGGAGUUGAGAAACAACCGCAGCUGAAACUUCCGCUUAAAUGCACAAUUCAUUGUUUAUUUCCUUUUAAGAAGGGGUUUGAAGACCGACGAUUCGAGAUAAGUGCUGUAUCCUGUUUGCGGUAUGCUUUCGACAUAUCAGCUUUAUUCAUUCUAACGUAAGGCUAGACUUCACGUGUCAGUGCUUGUGUGUAGGUUUUGUGCACAACACAGUUGGACAUUAUGGCUGAGGAAGAGCUCAUGUUCAGUAUGGAGGAGGUGGGCAGUUUGAAGGAUGGCCCAAGGAAUGGAUGUGGUCACAGCAGAGUGUCCUUUGAAGAUGCCAAUGCAAGUGAUAAUGAAGAAGAUGAUCUCUUCAUUUGCCCCAUCACCGACUACCCCAUGAGCCCAACCAAAGGCAGCUUUGACAAUCUAAGAAACCUUCCUCACAACAAGCAGCUUUCCAAUUCAUUGCCAAAAAACUCCUUCACUUACAAGAACAAAAAUGAAACCGUGCAGGACGUGCACUCUAACAGGUUUGGCUCUUUAACUGAGAGAGGUCGGGACGCUUGGAAACAUGCUAUUGAGAAAGCCAAAGCCAUGCCGGAUCCCUGGGCUGAGUUCCAUCUGGAAGAAAUGGAGACCGAACGGUGCACUCGAUACAGAUACAAUGCUGUUACUGGUGAAUGGGCGAAGGACGACAUAUUUAUCAAGAUUUCCUCACAGAUAUUUGGAAAAGGAGCCAUGAGGGAAUGCUACAGAGCGAAGAAGUUGUCAAACUUCUCUCACAGCAGCAAAUGGAAAUCAGCCUCAAACUAUGUGGCUAAGAGCUACAUGGAGACUGUGGACAGAGAGGUUUACUUUGAGGAUGUCAAGUUACAGAUGGAGGCCAAAUUAUGGGGUGAAGAAUUCAAUCGACACAGGCCUCCUAAGCAGGUUGAUAUCAUGCAGAUGUGUGUUGUGGAAAUGACUGGUCGUCCUGGAAACCCUUUGUUUCACCUUGAGCACUACAUUGAAGGGAAGUACACAAAAUAUAACUCCAACUCUGGCUUUGUGAGGGAUGAUAACAUACGCCUUACACCCCAGGCAUUCAGUCAUUUCUCAUUUGAACGCUCUGGACACCAGCUGAUCGUGGUGGACAUUCAAGGUGUUGGUGACCUCUACACAGACCCUCAGAUCCAUACUGAGAAGGGCACUGAUUUUGGAGAUGGCAACUUGGGUUUGCGUGGCAUGGCUCUCUUCUUCCACUCUCACCUGUGUAAUAAGAUCUGUAAGAGUAUGGGUCUGACCCGCUUUGACCUAUCCCCAGCUGAAACAGCACAACUGGACAGCACCAACAAACUGCUGCAGCAAUCUGCUCGGACUGUUCUCCGUGGUUGUGAGGAGCUGUGUGGUUCUCCGCGUGUGAGGACGACCUCACUCGGACAUAUGCCUCCUCUCCUGUUCCGUCUCGCAGAGAGUUCCUCAAUGGAUGAGACCAGUGAAACAGACUCUAUUCCCUGUUCUCCGCUCAGUAUGGGCAUCGCUGUGGGUCGAUCGCCCAUGGGUUGGUCUUUCAUGAAUGAAAUGAAUGAAACACAUCGAGCUAACUCUGAUCAUAAGGACUCAGAGAAUGGAGGAGACAGCGGUUGCCCUAGUGAGAGACGCAGUGAGGGAGACCCUGCUGAACAUCACAACCAGGGACGCCCCUUCUACAGCAGACAUUACUCAGAAUCGGAUGAAGACAGUGUUCGUCGGCUGACAGAAGAAAAAUGGAGUUUCUACCAUUCCUCUCGCUCGCAUAUACACAGAUCCUCCUGUGUGACGAUGGAAGUGGAGAGACUGAACUCUUUUGUCCAUGAGCGAAAAAUUGGUAAAUCCAUCCUAGGCAAGGUUCAUUUAGCGAUGGUCCGGUACCAUGAGGCCGGGCGGUUCUGUGAGAAGGACGCCCCGUGGGACCAAGACUCUGCUAUGUAUCAUAUGGAAAGAGCUGCUAUGUGUGGGGAGCUGGAGGCUAUUGUUUCUCUCGGUCAAUGUUAUCUUCAGCUGCCACAUCAUAUUCUUCCUGAGAUCGAAUUAGAGGCGUCAGAGGAGAACAGAAGGAAGGGCUUCCGCUUUCUGCUUCAGGCUGCUGAGGCAGGAGACAGACCCAGUAUGAUUCUAGUGGCACGUGCAUUUGACACCGGUUUUAACCUCUCCUCUGAUAGGACUAUGGACUGGAAACAGGCUGUGCACUGGUACGACUGUGCGCUGAAGAUGACAGACUAUGAUGAGGGGGGAGAGUUUGACGGCAUGCAGGAUGAGCCACGUUACCUUCUUCUGGCACGAUUGGGUGAGAUGUACCAGGAGGGAGGAUUCAACCUCAGUGCAGACCCUCAAAGAGCAGGUGAUCUUUUCACUGAGGCAGCUGAUGCAGCUAUGGAGGCCAUGAAGGGCAGACUGGCCAGUCAGUACUACAUGAAAGCAGAGGAAGCAUAUGGCAUGAUGGAAGAAUGAAGACGCUGAUGCGCCAAUGAUUAUGGAUAAUAUUUUGCACCCAACUUCAGUUUACAUGCUCUUUUUGCCUUACAUUUUCCUUGGGUCACUUUGACUUAAGAGAAACUAUUUUAUAAUGGGAUAAUGCUUUUCUAAUUAAUGUGAUAAGGGAAUAGAAAUGUUGAUUCUGGAUCAGUGCUAUACUGAGGUGCUAAAUACUACAAAUUAUAUCCUGGUUAUCUUUUCAUAAAGAAUAGUCAUGAACUUGUGCAGUUUGUUCAGGUUGCUUUAUGAAAAUUUGGGAUAUGUCCUUUACCUGUCAGUAAUUUCAUAUUCAUGUUUCUAAAAAGCCAGUUGAAUGUUUCCUUAAUAAACCUGUUGUGACUUUUAAAAUGCAGCAUCACUGCCCUUACAAAAAUUGACAGUUCAUGGCAAAUUCACCACUGAUCAUUUUCACAAGCAAAUUGUACAUUGUUGCCAAAGGUUUGCUGCAGGUUCACCACUACUGGUGAUGAUCUGCAAACUUCUGGCAAACAUUUGCGGUGAAUCACAAGCUCAUUUGCAUAUGAAAAUAAUGAGUGGCAAAUUUGUGGCUAGUUUCCCGGAACUGUAGAUUUUUUGCAAGGCCGAUUAACCAUACUUCUAUAGAAUGCAUUUGCUGUAUUAGAUCUGAUUUAUAUAGAUGUAAAGCAUAAAAAGAUGUUGCUUUAAGUUUUAACAAUUGUGAGUUUUACUGUGUUAGGCCUGUUUCACAUCACAUGCAAAAGCAGCACUUUUUUAAAUCCACUAUAAAUCUAUUUAUCAACUGAAUCUUUUGCAAAAUAGGCUUUUAUGGAGUCAUAUAAUACAAUUCAGUGAAUUAAUCACCCAAAAAAUAUAUUUGUUUGGCAUGUGUUUUGCAGUGUGACGUGCACGAACCGUUUCUGUUCAAUAAAUCUGAUUGAAUCCUGAAAUUUGAGGUUUAGUGUCCAUUCGAUGUAAAAAAAAAAAUAUAUAAAAUUUGGCUGUAUGAUGAUGAAGUUUACAAUAGUUUUCAACGGCCCACUCCUGAAAACCAUUUUAUAAUUUAUGGUUUAUUUUAAAGGGAGUACUCCACAUUGCUACCCAGAAAUCAAAUUAAUUAAUAUAUUUUCUGUAUUGAGCUGCAGCUCUGUUACACCGCAGAAACGCUGUCAGUAUGAAAGCUAAACUUAUUACAUUGCAGCUUCAUGUACACAUUGCUUUGGCAUGUGGUGAGAAACAGGCUUUAAUGUCAUAACUUUUUGAUUUCACCACAGUCUGUUGCAUGUGUGAUCUGUUUUGCUGGCUAUAUUUUAAUUAUUUGUUUAAAACAACACUAAAUAAUAAUAUCCACAUCUGCUUCCAAAUUCACACCAAGAUGUCAUUGAAUUACUUGAAUUAUGUGAAUAUCUUGAAUUAAUGGUAAGAAACAUUUAAAGGUGCCGUAAGGAACGUUGGCCAUUUUGGUACUUUGAAAGGUUGUUCCAAGCAAAUGUGAGCAACUCUGACUUUUCAAUCCUUUCUCAAAGGUCCUUUCCACAUAACCAAUGAAUUUAAUUAAAAUAUAGACACAAAGAGGCUGUAUUUGAUGUAAACGUUUUAAUGGUCACAGCAGCAGGGUUAGACUGAGAGUAAAAAUCGGCCCUUGAAACAUGCAGCCAAUCAGGCCUAUGUAUUCCACCAUUAUCGGUUAACCGUCCAACCGGCAUAUUUUUUUGACACAGAGAAAUGCACAUUUGACAGUAAAGCUUUGAUUCUGAGUUUGGGAUGCAGAUGUAAAUGUACAACAAUAUCUGUAAAAAUAAAAAAAAAUUAUUAAUGUCCAA